AUGGCCCUCCUCACCACAGCUGUGCAUCCCACCGUCACCGCUGCCUUCACAACAGGCACUGUUUAUGCCCAGCUGAGACUGGAGAAAAAGAUUUUCUGCAUCAGCCCACAGAGGAUUAAUAUUUGUGGGCAGAUCAGCUCUGAUAAAAAAAUCCCUGAGUUUCCACCAAGAACUCCUCUGCCCUGGGGAUCUGUGUGCAAAACCGUGGUGAGCUGUCAUUCACUGCUUCUUUUGGUUAAAUAUAUUCAGAGACAUCCACUGGACCUGCAAAUGUUUGAAGGCACUUGCUGGGAGGUAAAAGGUUCCAGCACAGCCUGAGCUGUGCUGACACCUGUCAGACCAGGGCCGAAGGCCAUCAGUGUAACUCCUUUGGAAGGAAUAGCAAUCCUACAUCAACUCCCAUUUUCUUUUGGGCUGCAAAGGAUGGUUAAUGCCUCACAGAAUACCAGAGAGGAAUAGUAUGACCUGCACAUGAAAGGAGGACCAAAAAUAGCAUCCAGCUAUUGCAGACAACAUGCUGUCCCAGCAAAUUUCUUGAAGGACCUUAAGACAUACACAAGCCAAGGUUUGCAUGUCAGCGCCCUGGCCCAUAAAGUGCUAAACCUGAGAAAGUAUGUAGGUGUGAGCAACCUAGAGAGGCAAGAGAGAAGACAGUCUGGACUGGUGUUUCCAAGCCUUGUGGUAAUGGAGGGGCAGCUGAAGCAGGAGACAAAGCCUGUGCUACAAGAGCUGGCUGCUGCCCAGAUCAGGAGCAUCGCAGUCACAGGGAACAAGCUGCAGACAGCUGUCAUCAUUGCCAGGCAUGUGGGUAUGGCCACGGGCAGCAGAGUCAUCCUUGUCAAAGCAAACAAACCAGACAGCUCCACUUCAGCUUCCAUUGCCUGGCAAUUGGCAGGAGACAGCAAAGCAAACACAGCUGCUCUCUAGGAGGUAUGUGCUAAUACUGAGGAAAAGAUCACCUUUGAAGGAGAAUCCUGCAACUACCCUUUUGCAAUGAAUGGAAAGUCCUGUCAGAUUAUUAUAAAGCACUUCUACAGCUUGCCACCAAAACAUUUGACCUCAGUUGCAUCUUAAUCUUCGAUCUGGAGGAUUCCAAAUUAAACCUUCCCAGCUUCAGUCUGGAACUUUACACCCAGCACCUCCUACGGAGCAGGCACAGCAGAAAAUCAAGCAGGAC